UCGUUUUACUAUAACUUACCGCACAUUAUUAUCCAUGAUAUAUGCGCUGGUUUGCUCAUACUUGUCAUGUUAUGCGGUUAACGAUUAACACAUACAAGACAAAGUGUACAGAGAAGGAAGCUUCGACUGUCAUAAUUCUGAUUUCCCUUGUUCACACUUGGCUCAACUUUGUAGCUUUGUGAAGGAAAUCUUCAAUUAAAACGCGAAAGCGGGAUUUAACAAAAAGUUGACAAUUUCAUUACAUCUCACAAUUUAUAGUGAGCGUUUCAUAGUUAAAAUGUUAUGAAAGCAUGGUUAAUUCCUCAGUCUAAUGUAUAAUUUGAAAUGGAAUUUUCGAAUAGAAUUAGUAGCUAGCACUAGCAGGAAGCCACGACGCAGCGGGAAACCAUUUAGCUCAUUUACAGCUAGCACCGGUGGACUCAACUGCGGUGUGUCUGCUUCGCAGGGACAAACAUACAUAAACAAUUCACUAAAUCAAUUUUUUAAAGCAGAAGCUUAUAGUGUAUCGUGAAUUCGUGGUAUAUAGUGAAUUUGUGAAUUUAUUUACAGUACAUUGGCCUCGUUGGACACGAUUUGUAGGAAACAGCCAGUUAGCAUUUUAGCUACCGGCGGACGUUCGUGAAAAGAAACGAAGAUGGCAGCAGGAAUGUGCGUCAGGAAGAGCAAGGAGGAUACUGCUGAGUGGACUGGAUUAUUUGCGACCAACGUCAAGAGCAAGGAGCAGUCCCUUGCCUUCGCCAAGAGGAUGCUGGCUGUGGCCGUGUCCUCCAUCACCUACCUCAGAGGCAUUUUUCCUGAACAUGCCUACCGGCCCAAAUACUUGGAAGGUGAACACCAACAGAACGACUAUCUGUGCAUCAAGAUUUUGCGGGAGGACUGCAGGACUACUGGAGCUAACAAAGUUGUCAAAUGGCUAUUUGGCUGUUUCGAUGCACUGGAGAAACAAUAUCUUGAGGUUGUGUUCAUCGGGGUAUACACCAAUCCAAAUGAACCUAAUCACAUUAUUGAGUCCUACAGUUUCAAAUUCAAGUACACCGCGACAGGUCCAGGGAUGGAUAUACUUGGGGACAAUGGUGUUGAGGUGAAGGUCACAAUGGAAGACACCAAGAGAGCAUCUGUGCUUCUGAUCAGGAAGCUUUUCCUGCUCCUGCAGAACCUCAGCGUCCUUCCUCACAAUAUCCACCUGGCCAUGAAGCUCUACUACUAUGACGAAAUUACUCCAGCGGACUACGAGCCACCGGGCUUCAAGGAGGGCACAUGCGACAGCCUGUGGUUUGAAGGCACGGCCGUGCACUUCACAGUGGGUGAUGUCCAGACGACCUUCCACAACUUUCAAGUGCGAGUGUCUGCUGAUCAAAGUCGCCUGGAGAAGCUUCAAGACAGAGACCAUCAGGAGACCAAGCAGAUGAUCACUUCAGAGAGAGAAAUCGACACGGGCCCAUGCAAGAUAGUGUCUGCUGAUGACGAUCGGCCGUCUGAAGAUGAGUCAUCACAGUUCAAGAGACCCACAAAGCCCGUGGUAAAGAGAAAGACCGCAACCAAAAAUGAGACAAGAAAGAAGAGAAGACGACGUUAUGUGUAACAUUUACCAAAAAGACGAUCAACACGCUAAUCACAAGUGUAUUGUUGCACAUUUUAUUUCUGCAACACUGUUGAUUGUAAUGUUACAUUAUAUUUCAAUUCAAGCUGUUCCUAUGUUUUACUGAAACACUUGGCAGAAUGUUAUUGUGCCAUUUCUAAUUAGAGUCGUGUACUGCAAAUUGUUGUGUGAAUUUGUAUGUUCAUAAAUAAAAUUUUCCGUGAGUA